AGCUGCGUAGAAGCGGGUGGCUGGGAAGAGAGGGGCGGAGAGCUCUGAGAGGGAAGCGGAGCCGGGGGCCCGAAACCCGUCGCGUCAGAGCCAGGCAAGUGAACCGGAGCAAACGACUUCCGAUCCCGUCCGCGCUGCUGCGGCUCCCGUUUGGGAUUUGAUUUGCAGCAUCUUCCAGCCUGUGCAACAAAAAACCGCGAAGCACGCCCAGCCCUCCCCCGACACCCCGGUACGCACCCAUUCCCUGCCGGGGACACAGCUGGGCGAGUCCACACCCCCGCAUCCCCACACCAUGUUGUGCGGAAGGACUUCCACUCCCUGCCUGUGUCGUUGAUGUCAGACCCCAGGCCAGCCUCCGGGCGCUGCAGUUCUCCUGGCUAAUGCUGAGGCUGCGGCUACGGCUCUAGUGCAGGAACCAGCUGCCGCUGCGCCCGGCCCCAGCGCCCACCGUCUGCAUGUGCCGGCGGUAGCCGCCUGCCCUGCCCGCAGCCCGCGCUCCCCGGAGCGCUGGAGACCACCGCGGGGGGCCCCUUCUGCCCUCAGGAGAAGCGGUCUUGGAGGUAUUGAUCUCGGUGGUUGGAUUUUUCCCGUGGAUCUAUCAAUUCGCAAUUUGAAUUUGGAAGAAAGAAGAAAAACAUGACGUCUCCGGCCAAAUUCAAAAAGGAUAAGGAGAUCAUAGCAGAGUAUGAUACUCAGGUCAAAGAGAUCCGCGCUCAGCUCACAGAGCAGAUGAAAUGCCUGGACCAGCAGUGUGAGCUCCGGGUGCAGCUGCUGCAGGACCUCCAGGACUUCUUCCGGAAGAAGGCCGAGAUUGAGAUGGACUACUCCCGCAACCUGGAGAAGCUGGCGGAGCGCUUUCUGGCCAAGACACGCAGCACCAAGGACCAGCAAUUCAAGAAGGAUCAGAACGUUCUCUCUCCAGUCAACUGCUGGAAUCUCCUCUUAAACCAGGUGAAGCGAGAGAGCAGGGAUCAUACCACCCUGAGUGACAUCUACCUGAAUAACAUUAUUCCUCGAUUUGUCCAAGUCAGCGAGGACUCAGGAAGACUCUUUAAAAAGAGUAAAGAAGUUGGCCAGCAGCUGCAAGAUGAUUUGAUGAAGGUCCUGAAUGAACUCUACUCGGUCAUGAAGACCUAUCACAUGUACAAUGCCGACAGCAUCAGUGCUCAGAGUAAGCUGAAGGAGGCCGAAAAACAGGAGGAGAAGCAAAUCGGCAAAUCGGUGAAGCAGGAGGACCGGCAGACCCCACGUUCCCCUGACUCCACGUCCAGUGUCCGCAUCGAGGAGAAGCAUGUCCGGAGGAGCUCGGUGAAGAAGAUUGAGAAGAUGAAGGAGAAGCGCCAAGCUAAGUACACAGAGAAUAAACUGAAGGCUAUUAAGGCACGGAAUGAGUACUUGCUGGCUUUGGAGGCAACCAAUGCAUCUGUCUUCAAGUACUAUAUCCACGACCUGUCUGACCUUAUUGAUCAGUGUUGUGACCUGGGCUACCAUGCCAGCCUGAACCGGGCGCUGCGCACCUUCCUCUCCGCGGAGCUGAACCUGGAGCAGUCAAAGCAUGAAGGCCUGGAUGCCAUUGAGAACGCUGUGGAAAACCUGGAUGCCACCAGUGACAAGCAGCGCCUCAUGGAGAUGUACAACAACGUCUUCUGCCCACCCAUGAAGUUUGAGUUCCAGCCCCACAUGGGGGACAUGGCGUCCCAGCUCUGUGCUCAGCAGCCUGUUCAAAGUGAGCUGGUACAGAGAUGCCAGCAACUGCAGUCUCGCUUAUCCACCCUGAAGAUUGAGAACGAAGAGGUAAAGAAGACAAUGGAGGCCACACUGCAGACCAUCCAGGACAUUGUGACCGUUGAAGACUUUGACGUGUCUGACUGCUUCCAGUACAGCAACUCUAUGGAGUCUGUCAAGUCCACAGUCUCUGAGACUUUCAUGAGCAAGCCCAGCAUUGCCAAGAGGAGAGCCAAUCAGCAAGAGACAGAGCAGUUCUAUUUCACGAAAAUGAAGGAGUACCUGGAGGGCAGAAACCUCAUCACCAAGUUACAAGCCAAGCACGACCUUCUCCAGAAAACCCUGGGGGAAAGUCAACGGACAGAUUGCAGUCUGGCCAGGCGUAGUUCAACCGUGAGGAAGCAGGAUUCCAGCCAGGCAAUCCCUUUGGUGGUAGAAAGCUGUAUCCGGUUUAUCAGCAGACACGGACUGCAGCAUGAAGGAAUUUUCCGGGUAUCAGGAUCCCAGGUCGAAGUGAAUGACAUCAAAAAUGCUUUUGAGAGAGGAGAGGAUCCCCUGGCUGGGGACCAGAAUGACCAUGACAUGGACUCCAUAGCUGGUGUCCUCAAGCUUUACUUCCGGGGCCUGGAACACCCUCUCUUCCCGAAGGACAUCUUCCAUGACCUGAUGACCUGUGUCACAAUGGACAACCUACAGGAAAGAGCUCUGCAUAUCCGGAAAGUCCUCCUGGUCCUGCCCAAAACCACUCUGAUCGUCAUGAGAUACCUCUUUGCCUUCCUCAGUCACUUGUCACAGUUCAGUGAAGAGAACAUGAUGGACCCCUACAACCUCGCCAUCUGCUUCGGGCCCUCCCUGAUGUCAGUGCCUGAGGGCCACGACCAGGUGUCCUGCCAGGCCCACGUGAAUGAGCUGAUCAAAACCAUCAUCAUCCAGCAUGAGAACAUCUUCCCAAGCCCCAGGGACCUGGAGGGCCCAGUCUACAGCAGAGGAGGAAGCACGGAGGAUUACUGUGACAGCCCUCACGGAGAGACUACCUCGGCCGAAGACUCCACCCAGGACGUGACCACUGAGCACCACACGAGUGAUGACGAGUGUGAGCCCAUCGAGGCCAUUGCCAAGUUUGACUACGUGGGCCGAACAGCCCGAGAGCUGUCCUUCAAGAAGGGGGCAUCCCUGCUGCUGUACCAGCGGGCCUCGGAUGACUGGUGGGAAGGCCGGCACAACGGCAUCGAUGGCCUCAUCCCCCAUCAGUACAUCGUGGUCCAAGACACCGAGGACGGUGUCGUGGAGAGGUCCAGCCCCAAGUCUGAGAUUGAGGUCAUUUCUGAGCCACCUGAAGAAAAGGUGACAGCCAGAGCGGGGGCCAGCUGUCCCAGUGGGGGUCAUGUAGCUGAUAUUUAUCUUGCAAACAUCAACAAGCAAAGGAAACGGCCGGAAUCUGGGAGCAUCCGGAAAACAUUUCGGAGCGACGGCCACGGGCUGAGCAGUCCCUUGACUGACUCUGCCUCCCCGGGGGUGGGGGCUGGCUGCCGUCCAUCCUCACAGCCCAUCCUGAGCCAGAGCCUCCCCAAGGAGGGGCCAGAUAAGUGUUCCAUCAGCGGGCACGGGAGCCUCAACUCCAUCAGCCGCCACUCGUCCCUGAAGAACCGGCUGGAGAGUCCCCAGAUCCGGAAGGCAGUGACGGCGGGAAGGUCAAAGAGCUUCAAUAAUCAUCGGCCCAUGGACCCUGAGGUCAUUGCACAGGAUAUUGAGGCAACUAUGAACUCUGCCCUGAAUGAGCUGCGGGAACUGGAGCGGCAGAGCAGCGUCAAACACACCCCUGAUGUGGUACUGGACACCUUGGAGCCCCUCAAAACCUCCCCAGUGGUGGCCCCCACAUCAGAGCCCUCCAGCCCCCUGCACACCCAGCUCCUCAAGGACCCCGAGCCCGCCUUCCAGCGCAGCGCCAGCACCGCAGGGGACAUCGCCUGCGCCUUCCGGCCUGUCAAGUCUGUCAAAAUGGCUGCCCCAGUCAAGCCCCCUGCCACGCGCCCCAAGCCCACUGUCUUCCCCAAAACAAAUGCCACUAGUCCUGGUGUCAACUCAUCAGCUUCCCCGCAGUCCACAGACAAGUCUUGUACUGUCUGAGGAAUGUAAUUUAAUUGUUCUAGAAGGGGACUAGAGCGACUGUUAUUAAAAUCUUCCUAUUUAACUUGCUUGGGGACUUAAAUUAAAAAAUUAGAUUCUCAUUUGUACAUGCCGGAAUUAGCCUCCCCAUCACUCAAAACCAUGAGAAUGAAGCCCUCAUUACCUCCCUGCCCCUCCCGCUGCCCCUGUCUCCCUGUCGCCCCCCUUGAAGUGCUCAGCCAGCGGUGCAAGCUUUCUCGUAGGUUAGCCAGCGAUGUCUUCAGCCUCGGGCACUGUGGAGCCUGGCGCGGCAGGGCCUGGGGACGCGGGCGCCUGACCAGGUGACUGCUGACACCGGCGCCCAGUGGCACUUGUUUUGGGUACUGAUUAUAGCGAGUCAUAUAUAGCCCGUUCUUUGUGUGUGCUCCCCCCUACCCCGCCCCCUCACACACACACACUCCCUCUCUCUCCCCUUCUCUCCCUCACCUAGACUCUAGUCCCCUUCCCCAAGCCCUCUCCUGGUCUGACAGCCUGUCCGCUACCGUGCAGUUCACACAGCGGCCACCAGGGGUCUCUUUCCGUUCCGCAUCUUGUUCUGUCUGGCCAGAGAACUUCUCCAUCACAUGAGAUUGAGCAGGAGGGAGCCGUUCCUGCCAUUUGUGGGGGGGGUUGGGGCUCACUCAGUCUUCUUUCGUUGGUGUGAAUAGUGUUUGCUUUUGCUCUGCUCCAUCCUCUAGAACUAUAAUCCCAAUCUUACUACGGGACUUCUGAGGUUUUUCUGAAUGUAUAGCCAUUUCUUGGAUUCCUAGCUUUGUCUCUGAUGGACCGUUUUCCAUACAAGACAUUUUCCUGUACAAAGACAGUUUUAUAAGUGGUUCCUUUUAGGGUAAGAAGCGUUUGAGAGAGUUUUACUAUGUUUAUGGCAGGUUUGGAAAAGGUAAGAAAUGAGUCCUUCCUCCCACUUCUGGGGACACUUAAGACAUAAUGUUCACCGACCUAUUAAAAAAUAAAAUUCACCUUGCCAAAUUGUUCCCAGAUGAACAAAACUUCUCACCCUGGUAUUGUUACUCCACGAGGGCUCUCUUCAGAGAGCAACGAGGGCUUCGAAAGCCCUAGGGACAGUGAAGAGAGACUCUGUCCCUUAAAGCCACUUUUCUCCAAAAAAGGACAACUAAGGGAGCUUUGGCCACAUGGCUGCCAAAGUCUUCCCAAGGACAGAAUUUGAAGAAAAUAAAAAAUAAGAUGCCGAAUGGCCCUCCUUUGGCCUUUUUCCCUGGCUCCCCUCCGUCAGGGAAAAUGCCACACACGUCUUUAAUCCAGUCCCCAAACCCAGUGCCUGUGGGCCGGCUCCCCGCACCUGCUCUCCCCGAAGGACCAGGACUGGGGCGCCCUCCCCAGGCUCGUGGGUACCAGACAACUGCUUGAGUUAAAGCAAAAACCCAUUCCUCUUCUGUUUUCUGGUUUUCAAACUGCACUUUUAACCAUCAUAUUUUCUGUAGUUCAGGAGAGAUGCCAAGUUGCUGUAGAGAUAGGAAAAUUUGAAUUUCCUUUUGUUAAGCCUAGAAGAUCCUCUUGGGACCAACAUUUUCAAGUUGGUAGCUGACUCUGGAGAGUGGCGAGGUAUUCCUCACUCUGUAUGAGGGAGCGUUGUAGGAAAUGGCUCGUUGGGGGAAUAACCUACAACACCAGGAAAACCAGUCCAAGAGAGAGAAGCGAAGAGCUCCCCUGAGAAAGCAGGUUGGCCCCUGUGACGCGCCACUGUCUGCGGCCUCUUGGCCUCUGUCGCUCUGCGUAGCAGCCUGUCCUGGUCUUUCCGCUGGACUUACACAGGCCUGUGCCAGCCGUGGGGCUUUCGUCCCCAAGGCCUGUUCCUUGCCGAAAAUGAAACCCCGUCCUUUACUUUACAUUCCUCUGCUCCACUCCUCCAAACGGGUGCCCCCGCCCACCUUCCCCUCUGCAGCACACUCCUAAGAGAGCGAAAGCCACGCUCUCUGAGCGACCACACGUUAGGCCUGUUCUGUUGCUCCUGCCUUACUCUCAGCCCUGCUCACGACUGUGUCCACCUCCCCUGGGCCAGGGUCCGCCUGCUGAUUCACAUCAUAAACUGAGCAAGGUGUGAGUGGGCGCCCUUCCCCAGCUCCGGGGGGCCAAGUUGUCUUCCCUUCUCUGGUGCUCCUGCGCCUAUGGGUUGGUCCUUUCGAGGGGACUAGGAACCCCUAAAAGGAGAGUCGUUCUCAGCAGCACUGUUGCCGUCAACUGGAAUCCGGGUUGCGUGAUGCAAUUUCUACAAGAAAAGCCAAAAGGAGCUGCCCGGGCUGGGCUGACCAGGAGACCGGGCUGACCAGGAGACUGGUCUUCCUCAGACUCACUUGCCUAAACCAGCACAAUGCUUCCCAAAGCCCACUGAGCACCCCAAGGAGCAGGUUCAUCGCUUGCUGUGGACUCUGAAGGGGCAGUCUUUGGGGAGCAAAGGUGGGCGGGAGCCACCAGCAUCCCAAUUUGGAAAACAGGAGUUUGCAGCUGACAGCCUGUAAACUGGAAACACUGGUCUCAGCCAACCUCCUCAGGGCACCCCAGUUUCUCCCCAAGGAGAGGAGGAGCGAUAAUGCCAGCAGCAAGAUGAACAGACCACUGGAAGGCUGGGUGUGUGUCCUUCACCUUCAGAAGAGAAGUUAGAUCUUCCAGGGAAUUGCAAUAUUGUGGCGUCUGACUUGUAUGUCACAUUUGUGUAAAAUGGUAUAUUCUUUAAAAUAGUGUUGAUAACUGGAAUAUUGUAUGUAUGCUUGGAGAUGCUUUGUGUGAACUUAAGACUGUCACAACACAUGUUGGAUUGGGGAAAAUCCAAAGCACAACUUCAAAAUAAAAUACGUUUUUAGGUUUCGA